UUCCGUUUAUGGUCUGAUUUCCGGCCGCUUGCCUGCUCGCUCGGCCGCCCGCCUGUCCCGCUCCCUCCCUCCCGAGGACCCGGAGGAGAGGGGACCAUGCCGGAGCCCGGGCCGGAUGCCUCCGGCACUGCCAGCGCGCAGCCCCCGCCUCCGCCGCCCCCUCCUCCUGCGCCCAAGGAGUCCCCGUUCUCCAUCAAGAACCUGCUCAACGGAGACCACCACCGGCCACCCCCUAAGCCGCAGCCGCCCCCACGGACGCUCUUCGCACCGGCCUCGGCCGCCGCCGCCGCUGCAGCCGCCGCAGCCGCCGCAGCCAAGGGGGCCCUGGAGGGUGCCGCGGGCUUCGCGCUCUCGCAGGUGGGCGACCUGGCUUUCCCCCGCUUUGAGAUCCCAGCGCAGAGGUUUGCCUUGCCUGCGCACUACCUGGAGCGCUCCCCGGCCUGGUGGUACCCCUACACCCUGACCCCCGCCGGCGGCCACCUCCCGCGACCUGAAGCUUCGGAAAAAGCUCUCCUGCGAGACUCCUCCCCAGCCUCGGGCACGGACCGCGACUCCCCGGAGCCUCUGCUCAAGGCUGACCCCGACCACAAGGAGCUGGACUCCAAGAGCCCGGACGAGAUCAUUCUGGAGGAGAGCGACUCCGAGGAAGGCAAGAAGGAGGGCGAGGCGGCUCCGGGCGCGGCAGGGGCGAACGUGGGGGCGGCGGCGGCGACGCCGGGCGCUGAGGACUGGAAGAAGGGCGCCGAGAGUCCCGAGAAGAAACCCGCGUGCCGCAAGAAGAAGACGCGCACCGUCUUCUCGCGCAGCCAGGUCUUCCAGCUCGAGUCCACCUUCGACAUGAAGCGGUACCUAAGCAGCUCCGAGCGCGCCGGCCUGGCCGCGUCGCUGCACCUCACUGAGACGCAGGUCAAGAUCUGGUUCCAGAAUCGCCGCAACAAGUGGAAGCGGCAGCUGGCCGCGGAGCUGGAGGCCGCCAACUUGAGCCACGCGGCAGCGCAGCGCAUAGUGCGCGUGCCAAUUCUCUACCACGAGAACUCGGCGGCCGAGGGCGCAGCGGCUGCGGCCGCAGGGGCCCCCGUGCCGGUCAGCCAGCCGCUGCUCACCUUCCCGCACCCGGUCUACUACUCGCACCCGGUGGUUUCAUCCGUGCCACUGCUACGGCCGGUCUGAGGCCCGAGAGGGGAGGGGAAGGGAGUGCCCGGCCACCUUCCCAGACCCCACAGGAGACUGGGCCGGGCCGAGGGCGGCGAGACGUCCGGCGGCCUUGGGAACGGGGCUUCGGCGCGCUGCCUGGCCUCCCCUCCCCCAAUCGGUAGAGUUUUGUAAGUAUUUGCAAUGUAUUUUCGUGCAAUUCAUCUCUAAUGGAUUUGAGGCGCUUCUCCUCCUCCUUUUGGUUGUGGUUACUAAUUAGGAAAAAGACAAAAUUCCCAGGUCAAACAUUCCCACUAAAAGCUUUUGUAGAGGGUGCAGCCCUUCCCCUAACUUUGCAUUGAGCAGUGACUUUUGGGUUUUAUUUUUAUAGAAGGAAAAUAAGCCCCAAACCUUAAUCCCUCUAGUUCAUUCAUUUUCCUUUGAGCGAUUUUCAGAGUCCAGAAAGAGAAAGAAUUCAUGGUAGUGCUUUUAUUUCUGGAGUUCUGGGUGUGGUUCUUCCUCCAGUCAGUCACUUCUUGCGUUUUCAGAGUCUGAGCAGCCUCUCGUGGGAACCCCUACUCCUAGCUUUUCUCGCCUUGAGAGGUCUGUGGCAAUGAAUAUCUUCAUCUAUCUCCCUUUGUGACCAAGAAUCCUCUACUGAAGUGUUUAAGGAGAAAAAAAACCAAAACAGCCAAAAAUCAGAACUCUGAAAAUUGAAAUAGCUCCACAUCUGGCAUGGUUUGAAUAGUCUUAUUUAUUAGUAGCGUUUAUUUGGGGGAAUUUCACUUGUCAAUAAAUUAUUGAUAUUACUAUUAUUACUUUAUUCCCUAUUUUGAGAGAAUGGUUUUGAUUUUUUUUUAAAAAAAACUUAUCUUUUAUCCUCUCCUCCUACCUUUUUGUUCUGCAGUAACUAUUGUACUUUGACCUGUGCAAUACUAUACAAAAUUUCCUGAGAGCCCUGCUCCUUCCUCUAAGAGGGAAGCAGAUCUUUUUGCAGUAUAAUUGCAGUCAUUCAUCUAGAAAGAGAAAAUUAAGCAGAGGGGAAGAGGAAAGGAAGAAAACAAGGAUAGGUAGCAAUGUUCAAAGGAGUAAGUUAGGCAUACUGGAGCGCUUUAAGUGAAGGACAAUCAAUUUAGGAGAAUUUUAACUUAUUUGAUAAAUGUACAGAUUUCUUGUAAAAUUCACCCUCAAAAUCCGCAGGGCUCCUUGCUCUGCCAUCCAAUCUUGUUUUCUUUCUGUCGGCUACACAUGUUGUUCUGCAGUAGUUUGUUUCCCUUCAUCCCCCUCUUUUCCUGGGUUCAGACCCUUUUUAAGAAAAUGAAAAAACCCACAAAAUAUUGUUACACUUAAUGUUGUCGUGAAACUGAAUUAAUUAAAAAGAAAAGAACGAAGUUUUCAUGUUGCCAGAGUGUGUAACUUUGGAUGAUUUUUCCCAGAGCAGGUGUCUCUUUUCUGUCUCCCUCUGGCUGCCUCUGAACUAAGUCCGACCUGGAGGCACACCCCUAUAAUCCAGCAGGCGGCAGAGACAGAGGCGGCUUUGUUCGCGACCAGGGGCGCUCUCUCCCCAGUAUCUUCCGCGGCUUGAAGUGCCUUGGGAGUAGGGAAGAAUGGGGCGCGAAAGGGAAAAGACCUAGGUUUAUCUAGCUUGAGAAAUUGAGCAAAGCGACAGCUUCCAGCUUAAAGACGGUAUUUUUAAACGCAGAGCUACAGCCUAGCGUUUUGUUCCCAAACCACUGUUCCUUCAAGAGUCGCGACUUUCUGGGCAGAGGGUCCUUAGGAUGUCUGGCUAGGAGUGUAGUGGCUCUGGUUGUUUCUGGGGUGUUGGGGGGAAUGAGGGGGUGAAUUGAGAAUUUAGCUUCGGGGCCUGAGGCCAAUUGCCAAAACCACCUGGGAGACCCGGGCCUCGGCAAGCCCUCUGGGGAAGCCCACCAACUCUUGGCAUGGCAGCUCCCACUUCUAGGGGAGGGAGCUUCAGCAAGGCUUGGGAGAACUGCCGCCGCUGUGGCUGUUUGGAAUUGGGCGCUGUCCUCAUAUGCCAAGUGCCAGGGACCCGAAGCCACCUAGCUAUGAUCGCCGCAAUGGAGAGAACCGUGUCCCCUCCCGGGCAAUCUUUCUCUGUCCACCGACGCCCAAAGCAUCGAGGACAGCCUUUCCGUGUCCCCUGUCCUGGCCGGCGCCAAGCUAGCCGCUCCCGCGGGCUGCUGGGCGCCAGCCCACCACGUCGCUGGUGGGCAGCUGGAGAGGGAAGGCGCUGCUGCCGCCUGGAAGAGCUGGUCGGCCGAGGGGAAGCCAGGUGCUUGGGAGGUCCUCGCCAACCAGCGUGGUAGCCUGCCUUCAAGCUGAGGGUGUCACUGCAUACUCCUGGCAGCGCACGUUUGAAGCUGGGGAGCCGAAGCGGGGAGAUGAGGAACCCGAAGCUAAGAAGAUUUCUGAGAGCACGCGGCAGGACACCACCGCUGGGGAGCGCCUGCCUGCGCUGCCUCCUUCCAGGGCGUUCCAAGCUCCUCAAACUCAAUCGUCACAAUUGAGUCUACUGUGGCUGAAACGUGGAGUAUCGUUUUCCGUUGAUGGAAAACUGCUCCCAAAUAAACCGGCAUGCGUAUUUAUGGCAAAAUUUUAGCCCGGACCCCAGUGAAGAUCGA